GGUAACAGUGAUGGGUCCCGUCUUUCCAAAUCAACAAGUCAGUUACACGGUGUCUCCACACUGAGAGGCAGGCUUUUCAAUCCAGGGGCUAAUUCAGGAAUACUGGGCAGCGUGGAAAUACGGGUCAUUAAAAACCGGGGCAGAUAAUGAAGAUAAUGAGCACUAUCACUGCGGACGCUUAACGGGAACUGCGGCGUUUCCCAUUGAAAGUGAAUUACAAGUCCGAAGAAGUCGUUCUGCAUAUCCCGUCAAUAGACCUGGGACCCGGACCCCCCUCCCCACCAAAUCUAGCCCCCCAGUUCCAGUUCCAAUUCCUGAGACGUGGCAACACUCAUCUUCCGACUCCCUUCCUCGCACGGGGGAGGUAACUCGGACACCCUCCUCCGCUAUUCAAGAACUUUCCAUUCAGGCAGCCGAAACAUAUUUUAUAAAAGGAAAGUUUGUCCUACCCCCCCUUGUCGCCCCGCCCCCCCUCCUCCGGUCCUCUCUUACGACUGGGUGGCGGGCACAUCAAUCACCGGCCGGGCGCAGCUCAUUGGCUGGCUCGUCCGAGGGGGCCGGAGCGGGUCUCGUGUGUCGGGAUUUAGGUGCAUUUUUUAGGCUCGGGCCAGUUUUCGCGAGACUUUGCGGGCGUCGGGUUAAAGGGAGAGUGAGUGGGGGACGUGUGCUGGAGCCAGAGAGAACAGGGUUAGGGAAGACGAGACAAAAUUAGGGAAGGCAAGGGACUGACAGCGCAAUGGAGCUGACUUCUGCUUUCCUCAUCUGUGCGAUCUGCCUCGGGAUCUCGGACCAUGUCGCGUCGGCGGACACGCAGGCGAUCCCUCCAGAGAACCUGCUGGUGAUCACAGCGGCCACCCAGGAGACGGACGGGUUCAAGCGCUUCAUGCGGACGAGCAGGCAGUUUAACUACACCGUCAAGGUGCUGGGGCUGGGGGAGGAGUGGCGGGGGGGAGACGUGUUGCGGACGGUCGGGGGGGGACAGAAGGUACGCUGGCUGAAGAAGGAGAUCCAGAAAUACGCCGACAGACCGGAGCUGGUCGUCAUGUUUGUGGACAGCUAUGACGUGAUCUUCGCCAGCGGGCCCCAGGAGCUGCUGUGGAAGUUCAGCAGAAUGAAUCACAAGGUGGUGUUCUCUGCUGAAGGCUUCUGCUGGCCCGAUCAGAAACUGGCUUCCAAAUACCCUCCUGUCUACACUGGCAAGCGCUACCUGAACUCUGGGGGCUUCAUUGGCUACGCCCCGCAGCUCAACGGCAUUAUCCAGCAGUGGAAAUACAAAGACAAUGAUGACGACCAGCUCUUCUACACCAGGAUCUACCUGGACAAGGCGCAGCGGGAGAAGUACAACAUGACGUUGGAUCACCGGUCGCGGAUCUUCCAGAACCUGAACGGUGCCAUAGAGGAAGUGGUCCUGAAGUUUGAGAAGGGGCGCGUCCGAGCCCGGAAUGUGGCCUACGACACUCUUCCCGUGGUCAUCCAUGGGAAUGGGCCGACCAAGCUCCAGCUGAAUUACCUGGGGAACUACGUGCCGACAGCCUGGACUCACGAGGCGGGCUGUGGGAUCUGUGACGAUGACUUGCUGGACCUCGGCGAUCUGACGGACGAGGAGCUGCCCACGGUGCUGAUUGGAGUAUUCAUUGAGCAGCCCACCCCCUUCCUCCCAGAAUUCCUGGAGAGGCUGACCACCAUGAACUACCCCACCGAGAAGCUGCGGCUCUUCAUCCACAACAACGAGGUGUACCACGAGCAGCACAUCCAGCAGUUCUGGCAGAGGCACAAGGAUCGGUUCCCAGAUCUGCGGCUGGUGGGGCCGGAGGAGAAUCUGCAUCAGAGCAAGGCCCGAGGCAUGGCACAGGACGAGUGUCGACAGGACCCCUCAUGUGAUUAUUACUUCAGUAUCGACUCCGAUGUGGCGCUGAUCAACCCGGACACCCUGCGCAUCCUGAUCGAGGAGAACAAGCCGGUGAUCGCACCCAUGCUCUCGCGUCAUGGGAAGCUCUGGUCAAAUUUCUGGGGAGCCCUGAGUCCCGAGGGGUUCUACGCCCGGUCAGAGGACUAUAUCGACAUUGUCCAGGGCAAGCGCGUCGGGGUGUGGAACGUACCCUACAUCACCCAGGUCUACCUGAUGAAGGGGGAGGUGCUGCAGAAUCAGCUGGCCCAGGUCAACGUCUACUCCCAGGAAGGAAUGGACACCGACAUGGUCUUCUGCAGGAACGUCCGCGAGCAGGUCCGUCUGUCCUCCUCUCUGCGUGGUGCCGAUUAUAAAGCGAGUGUGUUAACCCCCACCUCCGGGCCGGGCAGACUGUUGAUGGUAGAGUUGAGCCUAUUUACCCCCACCUGUCUCUUGCAGGGGGUGUUCAUGUUUGUGACCAACCGGGACGAGUUCGGCAGGCUUAUCUCCACUAACAACUACAACAUCAGUCGACUGCACCCAGACAUGUGGCAGAUCUUUGACAACCCUGUGGACUGGAAGGAGAAAUAUAUCCAUGAAAACUAUUCCAAAAUCUUUGAGGAUGACGAGAACAUCGUGGAGCAGCCCUGUCCGGACGUAUACUGGUUCCCAGCCUUUUCCGACCAGAUGUGUGAUGAGCUGGUGGAGGAGAUGGAGAAUUUCGGGGUGUGGUCUGGAGGGAGGCACAAAGAUGAGCGGUUGGCAGGGGGCUACGAGAACGUGCCCACGGUCGACAUCCACAUGAACCAGAUCGGGUUCGAGAAGGAGUGGCUCAAGUUCCUGAAGGAGUACAUCAGCCCCGUCACGGAGAAGCUGUACCCCGGCUAUUACGCCAAGGCCCAGGCUGUGAUGAAUUUUGUGGUGCGCUACCGGCCAGACGAGCAGCCCUCCCUGCGACCUCACCAUGACUCCUCCACCUUCACCAUCAACAUUGCCCUCAACCGCAAGGGCAUUGACUUCCAGGGUGGCGGCUGCCGAUUCCUGCGCUACAACUGCAGCGUCGAUACCCCCAGGAAGGGCUGGUCCUUCAUGCACCCCGGCAGGCUGACUCACUACCACGAGGGGCUGCCCGUCACGCAGGGCACGCGCUACAUCAUGGUGUCCUUCGUCGACCCCUAGGGCCCGGCCGGAGGCCCACCCCAUUGUGGUUCUGAUGCGGACUCGCCUUGGAUUGUGGGAAAUCUGCUUCUGUCGCCGACCAGUUAAGCCAGAAGGAGCCAGACUGGCACAUGUUGGAAAGCAGUUUCAUGACGUUCUCACCUCCCUUUCUUUUACGUUUUAUAGAAAGUGGUGCAGGUUCACACCGGAUGUUAUGGGUUGGCCGCCAUUGUGGCUCCAAGAUACAAUUUGGUGGGGAAUUGCAGGAGCCAAAAUGGUGGCAAAACUAUGACCAGUUUUUAUGUUCUUUGGUGCAGUUGUUCCAUUUCUCUUUGGCGCAUCAUGCAGUGUUUUUAAGUUAUUGAAACUGACAUCAUUCCAUCUCCAACACCGGCUAGUGAAUAGCAAAUUGCAGAUUCUACAGAGCCACAAUGGGAGCGUAUGGGAAUCCGUAUCAUAGCCUCCCUCUACUGUACUAACUUGACAAUCAGUACUGGAGAGCUCAAGAGAGCUCUGUGCCUCACCCAGUGUGGAACAUGAGCUCUGACCGGAGUAUGCAGUUGUCAUGGUGACAGAAUUAACACUUUUUUUAAGGACUGAUGCUUUUAAAGUUACAAGCACACUCAAGAACACACAACCGCUCUUGAAAUAAAAGGAAAAAAAAUAUAUUUCUUGACAGUUUCAGGUUUGGCAUCAUCCCUGCUUGUUUACAUGUUACCCAAUGGUCUAUAGCUUUAGGUAAUGUCCCUGUGAAUUUAAUGGCCUUUAUGACCCCCACAGAGUGUAAAAUCCGAUUACCCAGACACCUGGGAGGGACACAGAGCUGUGAAGAACAUUAGACAGUGUGCAAUUGUGUUUUAAAUAUGCAACCAAAUAAAAUUUCAGAUUUUUUUCCUUUUUUUUUUUGCUGGAAACCAAAACUUGAUUCCCCAGCAAGGAGCUCGAUAUAAGGAAAAUACUUGUGGUUUAAUUUAAGUGUAGGUAUUAAUUUCUUAUGUUUCUAAAUUAUUAUUUUUUUGCUCAUUUGAAGACGUCGUGCCUGUCUUUGUAUUCUUUCUACACCUCCGAUACAAGGCUUUGUACAAAGCGCGUUAACUUAUUUUUGUAAGGAUUGGAAAAUGUGCGAGUUUUGUGAAUUAAAAUACCUUUGUAAACAAA